CAAGAUUAUAAAUAGCAGGGACACGAGGAAGCUAGGAAAGCAGGUGACCAGUUGAAAAGCUUGUUACUUGUUAGUGGCGUGGUUGGUGCAUCGACAAUGGCGGGUUCUGCUCACUCGGCCUUCACUGCUACAAGAUGGCCUCUAACUCUGUUCUUGGUCGUCCUAGUCUCCGGGCUUCUUUGCUCUGCUGCCUCCGGCCCAGAUCUGCUUCAACUCAACUACUACUCACAGAGUUGCCCGAAAGCAGAAGAGAUAAUCAGGGAUCAGGUCGACAAGCUUUAUCAGGAGCAUGGGAACACCGCCGUCUCAUGGAUCAGGAAUCUUUUUCACGACUGCAUGGUCGAGUCCUGUGAUGCCUCACUUUUGCUGGAAACCAGCGGCAGCAUCGUGUCAGAGAAGACGUCGUCCCGGAGUUUUGGAAUGAGGAACUUCAAGUACGUUGAUGUCAUCAAGCAGGCAGUGGAGAGUGCGUGCCCUGGCGUAGUGUCGUGUGCCGAUGUCAUCGCUCUCUCUGCAAGAGAUGGAAUUGUCAAGCUUGGAGGGCCUUACCUCGCCAUGAAAACAGGGAGAAGAGAUAGCAGGCAGAGCUAUGCUGCUGUAGUGGAGGAGCAGAUUCCUAAUCAUAAUGAUUCCUUGGAGUUGGUGCUCUCACGGUUCCAGUCCAUUGGAGUAGAUGUGGAAGGCACGGUGGCCCUUCUAGGGGCUCACUCUGUUGGUCGAGUACAUUGCGUGAAUUUGGUGAACAGACUCUACCCUGAAGUUGACUCCAUCAUGAAUCCUGAGUAUGGGCAGUACUUGAGGAAAAGGUGCCCAUCACCUACACCUGAUCUCAAUGCCGUGGUAUAUGCCAGAAAUGACAGGGAAACGCCCAUGAUUCUGGACAACAUGUACUAUAAAAAUGUGCUCAACCACAAGGCACUUUUGCUGGUUGAUGAGGAGCUCAUCUACAAUAACGUGACCUUGCAGUAUGUGCAGAAGAUGGCAAUGGACAACAACUAUUUCAGGGAGCAGUUCUCCAGAGCACUGCUCAUCAUGUCUGAGCAUAAUCCACUCACUGGAAACGAAGGUGAAAUUAGAAAGGACUGCAGAUUCAUAAACAAAAAUUAGCUCAUACAAUCAUUAUAUUGAUGAGGAGAAAGAGUGUCCCCUAAAGCUUGUGGUUGUGAUAAGUUGGAAAUGUGUAGUGGUUUUCCUGUCUUGUUAUGGAGCUGGACUGCACUUGAAGUGGCUCUGUGGUCUCCUCCUUUUUCGUUUUUGAAUAAAAAGGGUCAUUGAUCAGAACGAGUGUUACAGGAAAGAAAGAAAAAUGAUAGGUAACUGCUGAUUAAGGCCUUGCA